CAAACAGACAAGUUGCCUGAGAGAGGUGAGGGAGGAAGAAGAAGACGAUCUGAUCUUUCGAUCCAGACUUGUCCUUCUAUCCACCAUCCUCUUUCCUUCCUCCUCGAUCCCGCUACUUUGUUUGCAGAUCCUCUUGUCUGAUCCCCGACAAACAUUUGUCCCGACAGAAAAUGUCGUUAAACAUGAAAACAUUCACCGAAGCACUAGCCAGAACCGCGGCAGUGAUCGAAAAGACAGUCCACACCACAGUGCAAGAAGUCACAGGCCCCAAACCUCUCCAGGACUACGAGCUUCUCCACCAGAUCGGUUCCGCAGGCCCGGGACUCGCUUGGAAGCUCUACUCCGCCAAGGCGCGUGACGCCACGCGGUCUCAGCAGUAUCCUACCGUCUGCGUAUGGAUGCUUGACAAGCGCGCUUUGGCGGAGGCUCGUGUGCGAGCGGGGCUGUCUAAGGCGGGUGAGGAGGCGUUUCUUGAUCUGGUAAGAAGGGAUGCGGGGAAGCUGGUGAGGUUGAGGCAUCCUGGUGUGGUGCAUGUGGUGCAGGGGAUUGAUGAGAAUAAGAAUGCUAUGGCUUUGGUUACUGAGCCGUUGUUUGCUUCUGUGGCGAAUGUGCUUGGGAAUGUUGAGAAUGUUGGUGAUGUGCCGAAGGAGCUGAAGUCAAUGGAGAUGAGUUUGUUAGAGGUGAAGCAUGGUCUGCUCCAGAUUUCAGAGACACUAAACUUUCUCCACAGUAAUGCGCAACUCGUACAUCGAGCCAUAUCUCCCGAGAAUGUUCUCAUUACUUCAUCUGGUUCCUGGAAGCUUGCCGGGUUUGGUUUUGCUAUUUCGACAGCACAGGCUGGGAAUUUAGAUAACACGCAGUCUUUCCACUAUUCUGAGUAUGAUGUUGAGGAUUCAAUACUGCCGGUCCAGCCAUCCUUAAAUUACACUGCACCUGAACUUGUACGCAGUAAAAAUCCUUCAGCUGGAGUUUCUUCAGACAUUUUCAGUUUUGGAUGCCUUGCCUAUCAUUUGGUUGCGAGGAAACCAUUGUUAGAUUGCAAUAACAAUGUCAAAAUGUACCUGAACACGUUGAACUAUAUAACAAAUGAAUCUUUCUCAUCUAUACCUUCUGACUUGGUACCUGAUUUGCAAAGAAUGCUAUCUAUGAACGAAACCUGUAGACCAACGGCACUAGAUUUCACAGGGUCUAGUUUUUUCCGAAGCGACGCUAGGUUACGUGCUCUUCGUUUCCUUGACCACAUGCUUGAAAGAGACAACAUGCAGAAGUCCGAGUUCUUAAAAGCAUUAUCAGAUAUGUGGAAAGAUUUUGAUUCCCGUGUAUUGCGGUAUAAGGUGCUUCCACCUCUUUGUGCUGAGCUUCGGAAUUUGGUUUUGCAACCAAUGAUCUUGCCAAUGGUUCUAAUUAUAGCACAGUCUCAGGAUAGGAAUGACUUUGAGUUGAUGACACUGCCCGCUCUUGUUCCUCUUCUGAGCACUGCUUCUGGAGAUACAUUACUGUUGCUUGUAAAGCAUGCAGAGCUUAUUACUAACAAGACUGAUAGCGAGCAUCUUGUAUCGCAUGUGCUCCCUUUGCUUCUCCGAGCCUACAAUGAUAACGAUGUCCGCAUACAGGAGGAAGUUCUUAAAAGAUCAACAUCUGUUGCUAAGCAACUCGAUGGUCAGGUUGUGAAGCAAGCAAUUCUGCCUCGUGUUCAUGGCUUGGCUCUCAAAACUACAGUUGCUGCGGUCAGAGUUAAUGCUUUGCUCUGCUUAGCAGAGCUGGUUCAAACACUUGAUAAACCAGCUGUUAUAGAAAUUCUGCAAACAAUCCAGCGGUGUACUGCUGUUGAUCGUUCUGCACCUACUCUUAUGUGUACCCUUGCUGUCGCAAACGCAAUUCUUAAACAGUAUGGAGUUGAAUUCACAGCGGAACACGUGCUUCCCCUGAUGAUGCCUCUUCUUACUGCUCAACAACUGAACGUCCAGCAAUUUGCCAAAUAUAUGCUAUUUGUCAAGGAUAUUCUCAGGAAAAUAGAGGAGAAAAGAGGAGUCACAGUGAAUGAUUCUGGAACCCCAGAGGUAAAGCCACAUUCUGCUGCCAAUGGAGUCCAGUUUCAGUCAUCAGCCCAAACACCGGAGAAGGUUGCUUCUGCAGCCAAGAGUAGUCCAGCUUGGGAUGAAGAUUGGGGUUCUACGAGCAAAGCUUCUGCUGUGGGAAACCCGGCGUCUUCUCAACACGUCACAAGCAACCAGUUUAACAAAUCCUCACACCAGUCACAGCCAAACAAAGCAGUAGCGCCACCCACAUGCCUUCCAGUGGACAUUGAGUGGCCUCCAAGACAAUCUUCAAGCCUAACUGCUCCAGCAAUAGCUGAUGAGACACAACUAAACUCAGGAACAUCAUCUACUCCAGGUUUUGAUGAAUUAGAUCCCUUUGCUAAUUGGCCUCCACGUCCCAACAACAGUGUUUCUGUUGCUUCUACUGGUCUCAACAAUGGUUUCAGCAACAAUUUACCAGUUCAGACAGCUAGCAAUGAUGAUUGGGCAUUCAGCAGUGCCUCAUUGUCUUCCCUGAAACCACCUCAGAAAGGGAGUUCAGGUGUCUCUGAUCCAGUAAACUCGUUCGGGUUACCUAAACAGAGCCAGGGAAUGUCAUCUUUCAACAGUGGUUCGUACAAUAACCAAAAGCCAGCAGACAUCAGCUCCAUAUUCGGUUCAAGCAAAACCGGGCAGCCUGCAAUGAAACUCGCACCACCGCCUUCGACAGCAAUGGGAAGAGGAAGGGGAAGAGGUAGAGGUGGAACCGGCUCUUCUACUGCAAAGUCCAAUGGCUCACAACCAUCUCUAUUGGAUUUACUAUGACCAUAUGCUCUCGAUGGUCAGGUGUUUGGUCGUUUAUAGUGAAGAGAAGAAGCAUAUAUACACAUGGAGAUUGCGAGGUGUGCUUUGUGAUAACAGAGAAAACUUUGUUAGAACAUGGAGAUGUUAUGUAAACAUCUUUUGGGAUUAGUUCUUCCACGUAUAAAACUUUACUACAACUUCAGGUUCUUUCCAUCUCUCUCUCUCUAAUUUUGUAAGUUUUGUUUUGUUUAUUUUCUUGCUUCAUUGGUCUAUAUACGGCUGUUACGCUAUUUUCUGUAUUCAAAUGAGUCAUAUAAUAUACGGAAGGAAUCUCGGUUUUUCUUUUA